UACGAAGAUAACAUGACAAUGGAUUAAAUUUUGUUAUUUACAUAUUUUUACAUUUUACACCUUAAUGAAUUUGUAUAUAUAUUAUAAAUGAAUUUAUUUUACAAAUAAUGAAUUCCUUUGUAAUAAUUGCUUUUUUAUUUAAUUGUUUACAGUUUACACAUCAAAUAAACCAUGAUUUCGAUUUAUUAAUAUUUACACAAAGCUGGCCCGCUACGGUUUGUAAGGAAUGGAAAAAGAUGAACCCUCGGCAUAAAUGUACAAUGCCACAUAAAAAUGAUGCCUGGUCUGUCCAUGGCAUAUGGCCAACUAAACUUGGAACAAUUGGUCCUGCCAACUGUAAUAGAACUUGGUUAUUUGACCCUGAAAAGAUUAGGCCUAUUGAGGAUAAACUAUUGGAAGAAUGGACUAACAUUUUUAAUGGAACUUCUAACUAUGCACUCUGGGCUCAUGAAUGGACCAAACAUGGUACCUGUGCAGCACAACUGGAACCUUUAAAUUCUGAAUUGAAGUAUUUUUCCAUAGGCCUUGAUUGGUUGGAAAAAUACUCUAUGGCUAGGAUUUUAAGUGACGCUGGUAUAAUAGCUUCCAACACUGAUGAUUACCAUAUAACGGAUAUAAACAAUGCUGUUAAGAAAUCCCUUAAUAUUGAUCCAGCCAUUGAAUGCAGAAAAAUGGAUGGAGAAAGUUAUAUGUCAGAAAUUCGUAUAUGCUUCACCAAGGAAUUAAAGUUAUGUGAUUGUGAUGGAGUUUUGGCUCGUAGAGACAUUGGUACUGAUUCUAUCAUAACCAACUGUGACGGAAAUAAAAACAUAAUUUAUCCUCACUAUAAGGAAAACAGUUUAUAUAUCCAACUGUAUAAGUUGGUUACAUGGCUGCAAUGGUUUACCCUGUAAUGUAAACAUAAUUAUUAAUUAACAUUAUAUUGGAUAGCAUAAUAUUAAGAGUUUUAUAAAAUGAUCAAGUUAAAUUUUAUUUAUAUUGGGUAAUUUUUUGUAAAGAUUUACCUUGUUUUCAAAUUUUUUGUAAAGAUUUAUAUAUUGUAAUGUAUGAUUCCUCCUCCAUAUGUUGAAUGUAAUAGCUUUUGUGAUUCAUGAUAAAACAAAUGCAUUCUUAAUUAUGUUUACAAUAUUUAAAAUGAAUUGUUAUUAUUAUUGUUACAAAAUUUCUCUAUGUCAAUGAAUUUUAAUAUCUACUGUCUCUACAAUAUCUUCUAUUUAAACAUUUUUUUUUUAACUUGUAAAAUUAUCUCAAUGAAUUUUUCCUCUAUGAAAUUGAUCUUUGAUUCCUUUGUACUUAAAUGUUUUUCAUUUAUAAUUAAAUGGUAUUAGAAUAAUCUAAUAGUAAUAGUGGUAUAAACAUGUAAGCUGUUUCAUAUGACAAACCUGAUUUGACAAAUUAUGCAUAAGGAUAUGUGGUAUAUGAAUACCGCUUGAGGGACAAAAAAAUAAUAAGCUUAAAGUUAGAUUAAAUGUUAAUUAAGAGAGAACUUGUCAUUUCUUAUGCUUGAAUUUAGCACAUAAAUAAAAAGUUUAAUGUA